UCAGGGCAUUGGUCAAAAUGGACGUCGAAGACGACGUUUGACUACCGUGCCAGUCUUAUGUUAUGAAAUGUGUGACAUUUUCUAAGAAAUUACAGACAUAUAAUACUUGCUAUUAUCGAUUUCUCAAGUUUGGACGCUUCGAUUUUUUGUUUGUUUUGUUUUUUAUCUCGUUAAUAAUAGGCUACAGCAAAUCAAUAGAAUGACGACGACUAAUCGAAAUAACGUUCUGGACCCGCGCCAGUUCGUUAUAAUCAAACCUCUUCCGAUCGCUAAACCGUCUGGAAAUAAACUUCAAGCAAGUAACUGCACUGUGUACAGUACGUGCCACCCGACCCGUGAGCAGGUCUUCUGGGGCAACUACCGCCGCCGACAACGGCAGCUGACUCGCCAGGGGUACAGAGCGGCCGCCUGGAAGCCGUACGAGGAGGUGGGUCAGCCUCUCUAUCUGGAACCCAAAAGACUAGUUCUGGAAACCCUGGGGCAACAAGAAGAGGUGUCCCAGGGUGACGACCCCGCCCGGGCUGAGGCUGAGCUGAUUAACACACAGCCGCCAGAUUCCACCGCAGGAAGUAAGGGUCUGCUGUUUGGCCGUGCUCUGGCUGGGAGGAGAGAGGACACAGCGGCGCUCAAGAAACAUCUAGGUCAGACCAGGCGCCUGGUGUCCGCCGUCAGACAGGGACGGUCCUACUUCGCCCUCCUCCAGGAGGAGGAGCAAGAGCAGGAAGAGGAGCUACGGAAGGAGCGCCAGAGGAAAGAGGCGUGGCUUUGUGCCGAGCCCCGCCCGCCACGCUGGUCGUCGGACUCCGACAGCGACGAGCGGGAUCGAUGGUCCCUUCUCACCACAAGUGGAUCUCCGGGGAAUGGAGCACGCCCUCGCAGGAAGAAGACCCAACUGGCACGGCCUUUCACCCCCAUCCACCGCUCUCUGACGUCCCCAGAACUCAGCGAGGCCCCGCAAGAGCUGGUGUACCGUCAGCUGUGCUGCCUGAGCUGGCUGCUGGAGACCCUGACCCUGGAACGCCCAGCCAGGCCCAGACCCCUCCCCUCCUGCUGGGACACCAGAGACCCUGGCCGGGGACGGACGACAGCGAAGAGCCUGAAUAAGGAGCGAGCCAUCGAGACGAGAUGGGAGCAGUUUGUUUCUCUGCAGAAGCCUCGCAGGCCUCACCCCUGGCCUCUUCGCUCCUCCUCCGGGGCUCCCAGCCUGUGGAAAUCCUCCUUCCUGAGUCGAACCUCCUCCUCAGCCCUAGGCAGCCCCAACCUGGGCAGCCUGGACACCGUGGGGCCUGGCACAGAUGACUCUACCCUGGGGCCCGGGGUCAGCACCACCCCCAGGGCCAGCCUGGACACGGCGGAAGCCCCAGGGAGCGGGGAUGCAGAGACAGAGCCACCGCUGUCUGACUAUCUCCGAAAGCUUCUAGAAGCUGUCCAUGAGAGCGUCAGGAAGGAGUUCACCGCUCCUGAGACCCGUAGCCACGGCGACGGCAGUUUGACUGACAGCCUAAAAGGGGCAACUGCCCCCCCUUCCGGCCUGCCCCCCCCCCAGCCAACAUCCCAGGGAGGGGCCCCGCGUCCAGGCUCCCUGAAGGGGUGCCAGAUUCCAAGUCCCAGGGCAGCAGAGACCCUACGGCCCAAAAGCUGCGGUCCACAGCUCCUCCAGAGUGCCAGGAGCCAUCAGUUCAGCAGGAAGUCCUUGAUGGUCAACAGGAAGUCCUCCAUGCUACUGAAGAUGAGUACGGCGUUCCAGGAGAGAGCCCAGGAGCGGGCCCAGAGCUACUGUGACUUCCUGGAGAACAACUCGAGGAAGAGGCUGGACAGCAGCCUCAGGAGGUUUCAGGCCCUGCAUCAUGUGACCCGGCCUCAACGCCUCCCCCGUCACGUGACCUCCUCGGUAGCGGAGAGGAAGCCCCUCGAGACGGAGGCCACAGAGAGGCCGUGGAACCACGACAACCUGUGGCUGUCCUCGGUGCUGGAGGAGCUGGCCUCUCGGGGGCUCCAGGACCAUGGGGUGGGUCUGGUUCUGGGGAGGCUGAGGAGCUGGGCCGAGCAGCGGCCCCCCCGGGUACGGACACAGCACUUCCUCAGGGUGCUGGGGGGGCUGCAGCCCUGGGAACUGUGUCUGCCUGACCUCUGCGUCGCCAUCGAGAUCGUCAGGGAACAUGUGGUCCAGAUGCCCAGACAGGACUACGACGCCUGGCUGGCCUCCAGGGUUCCUCUGCCCCCGUCGGACCACCCUGACCAACUGAAGGACACACACACACGCGCGGAUCUCGGGUCACGUGAUGGCAGCUAGAUACUGUAUACCCAGCCGUCAGAGCACUCUGGGGAGGAUUCUUCCAGAACAUUAUUCCUUUGCAGGGCGUGACCAAAAUGGCUGCAUUGUAGAUGCUCCAGUUUCUCCAUUUGCGGUUGUGUUUGUGUGUGUGUGCGUUUGUGUGUGUGUGUGGCAGGUCACAAUGUAUCCCAGGGGCAAGACAGGGUGUAUCUCAGCAGUGCUUUCUGUCAACCUGCUACAAUAUCCUCCUGGUUGCAACACACACACACACACACAAAUAAACUGUCCAGGUUGGACUUUGGUCUGCCUUGUCCCUUCAUGAAUCUCAUGAGUGCUUGUAUUGUAAUCAAGACAGCUGGGAACUGAAAAACAACCUGCAGAGUUAUCGGUGUUCGCCAUUCCCGUGGACUCUGCAGUUUGCGCGGAGAACUUUCCAGCAGCCUUA